AACAUAUUCUAUCCAAUCACAAACACCUCUCUUUUCAUCUACAUAUUCUCACAUUUCCUUCUAAUUUACAUAUAAACGAACACGAUCAUUUUCCAAUGGCCUUCCGUUUCUUGAUCUUUGCUCUGGCAUUCUCUGCAGCCGCAUUACUUUCCCCUGUCUCCGGGCAGAUUACUAUGCCAUGUACACCUUCAAUGAUCACGACCUUCUCACCAUGCAUGAAUUUCCUCACAAAUAGCAGUGUCAACAGCACUGCUCCUCCUGCAGAUUGCUGCAAUUCACUCAAGUCCCUCAUGAGCAAUGGACGGGACUGCCUCUGCCUAAUCACCAGCGGCAGCAUGCCUUUCCGUAUUCCCAUUAAUCAAUCACUUGCCAUUUCUCUGCCUCGUGCUUGCAACAUGCCCGGUGUGCCUCUUCAGUGCAAAGCUGCUGGUGCUCCAGUUCUAGCUCCCGCUCCAGGGCCUGUGGCAAAUGGACCAUCAGUUUCUCCAAAUGCAGCUCCUUCUCCUAGUGUCAACGCAGCAGAACCAGUAUCUCCCGGACAGGCUCCACAAGCCGAUGCAACUCCAACCCCACCAGCUCCAACGACUACCGGUGGAGCCCCAACGAGCAACACGGGGAGCAGGGCAGGAGUGACACCAUCAGCAGCCCACCCUUCAUAUAGCAUCUCACCUUUUCAUAUUAUGGCUAUUCUUGGAGCUAUUGCUUUGAAGAAUUAUUAGUGGAAGUCUUAACUUUGUGAUUGUAUUAAAGAAAUAUUCUUUGGUUGUUCAUAUAUUUGAGUGAUUGGACUUGUGAGGAGUGAGGAUGUUUUUCAUAUCUUGACAUUUGUAAUGAGAAUAUUGUUUGUUUGUUGUUCUAUGGAAACUAUGUGAUCUCUUAUGUUAGUGACAGAUACAGUACAAAUA